UCUUCCGCUGCACCUGUCAGAGCGGCACGUCAACGGGUUUUCCGUUUAAAUGAGUCCGCGACUGUUUCCUGGUAGCUCGCGAGCAAACGUCCCGUGUACGUUAGCUAGCUGCUAAUGACGCUAAAGAUGGUGCGACGUCUUUACCUGUUACGCGGUUGUUUAAAUGGGCGCUUGAAGGUGUAGAGUGAUGCAGCAGAAGGUGUGUUCCAGAGGUUCCGGUUCCUUCCUCUUGGAGAGGAACGGCCAGCCCUGUGGCACCGUCACCUCCUGCGACCUCCCCUUCCGCUGCCCCCGCUGCGGCGAACACGAGCGCUUCCGCAGCCUGGCCUCGCUGCGCGCCCACCUGGAGUACCGCCACUCGUACCGCUCGCCAGACGUGAACCCCGGCGGCUUCAGCAUCACCGGCAAACUCCCCGACCCGCUGACGGCGGCUAUCCCCUGGCACGACAUGAGCCUCCCGAGCCGCAGGGGGCAGCAGAGCGCGUGGCGGCCGCCUCACGUCCGCUCCCUCAGUGACAGCAGAGACAGCGGGUACCCCCACUCCUACAGCUCCGUGAGGAGACGCACCCAGAGCGUCGGGGUGGGGACGCAGGCUGAGGAGGAUGAGGAGGAGGACGAUGACGACGACGACGAUGAAGAAGAGGAAUUUGGGUCAGAAGAUGAAGAGGAGGAGGACGACGACGACGAUGAUGGUGAAGAGAGAGAUGGAGGUAGAAAUGAAGAGGAAAUUAAAAUGUUGUUAAAAAAGUCCGACACAUGCCACCAUCACCUCAACCACCAUCACCACCGGUUCCCUUCUUCGGCUCCUCUUGGUCCCCCACCACGCCCAGAGCUGGAUUUGGACCUGGACCUGGUCGAGCAGAACUCCUACUCCGGCUUGGACACGGCGGCGGCCUCGGCCGCAGUGCGCCGACGUCUGGCCAGGAUCCUGCGGGCGGCCGACAGCACCAUGCAGCGCCGGCUGGCCAAGGUGAGCACGGAUCUGGCCCAGACCGACACGGAGCUCCUGUGCGAGCGCGCUCACUCGCAGCACCUGGCCCAGGAGAGGCAGGAGGUGGCGGACAGGGAGAGGUCACUGAGCCGGCAGGUGGACGUGGCUGUCAUGGUGAUCGCCGCGCUGAGGGAGCAGCUCAACGCCUCCGAGAACGAGCUGGAGCGCCGGGAGAGGGAGGUGAUAACCAUCCAGAAGUUUCUGGAAGCGGCGGCUCGACAGGAGACAUGCGGGAAAGUUCGAAUCCAACGCUUCAUCGAGAAUCUGCUGAGACGCAUCGCCCUGGCCGAGAGACUGGUGGAGUACUACCAGGUCAACGGCAGCCAGCAACAGUGCAGCCACUACAAGUACCAGCAGCCAACCGAUAACGGACCUCACAGGAUCACUAAAAGCAGGUCAGCGGGAGGUCAGCUGUCCUCGUCCGGUCUCCACGACAACAGAACCCACUCCUCCUCCUCCUCCUCGCAGUUCGGCGGCCACCCUCUGUUCUCCAAACCGGGCGGCGGGGAGCGAGACCAAGACCGGGACCGGGAGCACCGGGAGCGCCUGGCCCAGUCGUCCAGGCUGUUCUGCCGACCCGAACACCGGGACGACAUCUGGAACCACCAGCGGCGCCGGUCCGCCGGGUACGAGGCGUAGAAGUGUAGGGACUCGCCGGGGGAGACGCGGCCGUCAGCGGGUACGACUUCAUUUCACAGAUUGUGUUAUUCCAGUGUGUUAACCUAUGGAAAAGUACAGAAAGGUCACACCCACGGCGAGCUUCUCCGGAGGAGUUGUGUUUAAUAUCUGGCCAGAUUCUUUUAGUUUAAAGCAUAAAAAAUAUAUAUAUAUAUAUAUAUAUAUAUAUAUAUAUAUAUAUAUAUAUAUAAUGUAUGAACUAUCAACAGGAUGUGAAGGUUACACAACAUGUGUUGUGAUAUGUACUUAUAUCUGGGAGGAUGAAAAGGAUAGCCCGGCUGUUGGUAAUACUUGCCUUUUUAAAAAAAAAAAUAUAUAUAUAUGACUAACUUUAGAUUGUAUGGACAUUUUAGAGGUAACAUGCUGCCUUCUAUUUAUUUGCAGCAUGUGGCAAAGUUAUUUAGAAUUGCACCUUUUUAAAAAAAAAAAUACACUUGGUUAAAUGUAAUUAAGUCUGAACUGCUCCUCUUCGACUAGAAGGGUGCAGACGGCUCUUCAUGUUUCAUAAACCUGGCGAAAGUUGUUUUUUAAAAGUAUUAUUUUGAUGUUUAAAGUGACUUUACAAAAUUGUACAGGAUGUUCCGAAAUGGGGAAACUACCAGUAUAAGGACUUUAAAAGUUUUAAGAAGGAGCUUCUAUAUGUAUUUAUAUUCCAUAUGUUGACAAUUCCCUGAAUUUUCCUUAAGUACUUUAUUUUAGUAUAAUGUAAAAAAUAAUUUUGCAUAUAUUACAUUAAAUAUUAGUAUAGAGCGAUUGGAUACAAUUAAUUGCUUCUCCUAAGUGACGGAAUUUGUAUAGUAAAAGUAUUUUUUUAUAAAUUAAACUUAAGAAAACUGUAGAAAAUGAGAAAUAAGAUUCCACUGAAGUAUAAAUAUAGACCUCUUUUUUUUUUUUUAGCCGUCUGAGAGAAUCCAUAAAAAAUACACAUCACAGUAACUACUACUGCGUAACAGGGUAAUGGAUGUAAUGCAAUAACUAUUAUUACUGCAUGACUACAUUGACAUCGUAUUCAAGUACAUAAUAUCACAUUGUGAAGAUAAUUUAUUCCCAGCACUGUGUUAAUGAAUAUUUUGUACUUUUCCAUAGAUUAUGAUACUGAAACAUUGUGACGUGUAACACAGGGUGCUUUUUGAGCGGUGUGGGGUAAACUUCCAGUAUUCAAACAUAUGAAUUAAUAAUAGAUUUGUGUCUUAUUUGCCAGCACAAAUCACCGUAUUUAUUGCAGUAUUAAUCUCAGUCUUCAGUGACGUCUACUUCCUGAAUCAUCACACCGAGCUUGUUUUGGUGUUUUCUCUCGUAAUGUUUUGAAAAUAAAUUGUAAGCUAAG